GGAUGGAGCUGCUCAGCCCCUCCAAGGUGCAGGACGUCACAGAGAAGGUCACGCAGGUACUUUCUUUGGAGUCUGAUGUGCUGCCCGAAUACAAACUCCAGGUACCUGAGACAACAUGGUUGAUCUUGCUUCACUACAGCCCUUUCAAGGCAUUUUGGGACUGGAUUAUUCUCCUUCUGGUCCUCUACACGGCAGUUUUCACCCCUUACUCUGCCACCUUCCUCUUGGACGAACGCGGGGACUUGCGCCAUAGGAGUUGUGGCUACACAUGUAACCCUCUGAAUGUGGCGGACUUAUUGGUUGACGUGCUGUUUAUCGUGGAUAUAGUCAUCAAUCUUCGCACAACAUACGUGGACCACAACGAUGAGGUGGUCACAAAGCCGUGCCGGAUAGCCAAGCACUACAUCAAAGGCUGGUUUCCUAUUGAUCUGUUCGCCGCAAUCCCUUUUGACCUCCUCAUUUUCAGAUCUGGCUCUGACGAGAUGGCAACCCUAACAAGCCUACUGAAAACAGCUCGAUUGCUUCGGUUGGUGCGUGUGGCAAGAAAGUUGGACAGAUAUUCUGAGUACGGGGCUGCCGUCCUCUUCUUGCUUAUGUGUACAUUUGUACUCAUCGCCCAUUGGCUUGCCUGCAUUUGGUACGCCAUUGGCUUUGUGGAGAGGCCGUACACAGAGACCGGUUGGCUUGACAACCUUGCUGAUCAACUAGGCAAGACGUACAAUGACAGUGACUCUGGCACUGGUCCAUCUGUCAAAGACAAGUAUGUCACUGCUCUUUACUUCACCUUGAGCAGUUUGACAAGUGUUGGCUUUGGUAAUGUCUCUCCAAACACCAACUCAGAGAAGAUCUUCUCCAUCUGCGUCAUGGUUAUUGGCUCCCUCAUGUAUGCCAGCAUCUUUGGGAAUGUGUCAGCCAUCAUUCAGCGACUGUACUCUGGAACAACUCGCUACCACACCCAGAUGCUACGAGUCAAAGAGUUUAUCCGAUUCCACCAAAUCCCAGGUUGCCUUCGCAACAGGCUGGAGGAAUACUUUCAGCAUGCCUGGUCCUACACAAAUGGCAUUGACAUGAAUGCUGUCCUGAAGGGAUUUCCAGAGUCUUUGCAAGCAGAUAUCUGUCUGCACUUGAACAGGUCUUUGCUACAGAACAGCAAGGCUUUUCAGGGAGGCACUCAAGCCUGUCUGCGUGCUUUGGGAAUGAGGUUCAAGACAGUCCAUGCUCCCCCAGGAGAUACUUUGAUCCACUAUGGAGAUAUGCUUGACUCCCUCUUUUUUAUCUCUCGGGGUUCCAUUCAGGUCAUCAGAGACGAGGCAGUGGUUGCUAUAUUAGAGAAGAAUGACAUCUUUGGGGAGCUGAUCAAUCUGUACGACGAGCCAGGGAAGUCCAAUUCAGACGUCUACACCAUCACUUACUGCGACCUGCACCGCAUUCAGAGGGAUGACCUACUGGAAGUCCUAGACAUUUACCCUAGCUUUGCAGACAACUUCUGGAGAAACCUGGAGAUAACGUGUGACCUGAGAGACGCUGAUCAAAUACCACCAAUAAUUACAACUGAUGAAUCUGGUGAUGACUGUGAAUAUCACCACAAGCCAAGACACAGAAUCCAUGCCAUGGAUUGCCGGAUCAGGCCUGAUGGAAUUGAUCAUGAAGACCCUUACCCCCUGCAAUCCUUCCAUCGUCGCGGCCCAUCAACUGGGGCCCACUGGGAAGACCACUGUAGCUGUGGAUCCCAAUGUUCCCGGUCAAGCGAAGAACUGGCUAAGCCUCUUGCCCACCGUGCCAGAGUGGAAUUUUACCCUCCAGACGACUCUGGACAGGACUACUCCCCCUCUGUAGCGCAGCUUCUUCCCCCUAGUGGCAGAACAGUGGGCAGGGAAGCAAUGACGGACCAUGGCCACCAAGCUUCAUCUUUGAAUGUCCCAGGGAUGUACCAGUAUUGGCCAGACCGACACUCACAACAGUUUUCCAGUCGUUCCUGCCGAUCUUCCUCAGCACGCAACUCUAACCAUCCGCCACCCUUCACAGAAGAACGGCCAAGUGAGCUAGAGUCACGUCUUGAGGUUUUGCAUUCACAGCUAAACAGAUUGGAGACUCGUAUGACAGCAGACAUCAAUGUUAUUCUUCAGCUCCUCCAAAGGCAGAUUGCUCCUGUACCUCCUGCAUACAGUUCUGUAUCCUCUGGUACCCUCUCUACAGACUCACCUGGUUUGUAUGGGACUGGGACACAAGUGAUGCACAGCAUGUACCCCGUCACCCCAAUACAGAUGGACAGUCAGGCCCCUAUACAAAGUUCCUCUCAGACUGACCUUAAACUUGACAAGAAGUCCCAGGAGUCACUAUCUAGUGGAAUCCACGUGACUGUGGCAUCAGACGACACCAUGUUCAUGACUGUCACCCCAGAAACUGAGACCCAUACAGGGUUGACUCCCAACCUCCCCCAAACAUCAGUUCAAUCCACCUUGAUGGAAAACCCCGGGCUGUGUAGCAAACUUCGCUACCCGUCACUCCCUGGGAACUUGGACAUCACAGCAGGACUUGCUGAGAUCCAGAAACACCUUUCAGACCCUGUGCUGCCAGUCACCUGAACACCCUCAGUAGAAGUUUUCAUGGCAGCCAGUGUGAAUUUGGAAGAAGUAAAACCCUGCUACUUACAGACUUUUGGAAAGGGCCAUAAGGCUAGCCCAAGAUUCAGUUAUCAGUACACACUUGGACAGCAUGUAGCGUCGGAAAAUCUGGUUAACUACAAAAACUUCCAUUUCAUAGUUUGAACACUGGAUAACACUCUGUACUCAGACACUGCAACAAUGUUAUUCUUUUAGAAGGACAGUUACUAAUUUACAGUAUUGCCUGAUCAAGAGUGAAAAAGGGUCAAAUUUCGUUUACAUCUCUUUUCCUUAAUAUCUUCUUUAUCGGUCCCUGAAUUGUAGGGAUGGAACAAGAAUAAAAUGUGAAUUUCA